AUGGAUGACGAGGCGAUGGACGGCCCGCCAAGCUACUACGACUCAUUGCCAUCCUACAAGACGGUCUCGACACUCGCAUUGGAGCAGGUCGACAGCUUCUUCCGCGAACAACCUCUCCCGCCCAUAAUCAACUACUUCGUUCGAUCGAACAGGGCGCCGUCGGCAUGGAAAUUGCUCUCUGGGCCUUGCCUCUCCAAUGCCACGACCGUAAUCAACACGGAGCCGCUCCGUAAGCGACGUUACAGGAUUCUCUAUCCACCCGGGUAUGAGGACGUCUUUCUCCACAAAAGCAUCUGGAUGAGCAACGCCGAUGCCUUGCCGCGCUACUUUGUCGAACUGCACGGUCGGAAUCGAUAUGAGCCAGAACCAAUCGCCAUCAUGGGACCAUGCGAUCACGACGAAGAUGCAACAGAUGAAGUGAAGGACAUCGCUGCAGCAUACGUGCCACGAGUAUGCUCCCGCAUCGAAGACGAAGUUUCCAAGACGACUCGAUAUUCCACGUUCUGUGAGAUGGAGUACUUUUCGUGGGAUUGGCGAUGCAAGACCGAGAAUGCGAGGCUGGACAUGAGGCAUCUGAUCGACAAGGGCAAGGAGAGAUGUGCGGUUAGCGAAGGCCUGGUGCUGCAACUGGAAAGGUUUUUGGGGUUUGUCGACAAGCAAGGAAUAUACCCAGAGGUGAUACGGAUCUUGAGAAAGCAGGUCGCUGGGGCGAGUAUGCGAUUGGAAAGGUUGAGGCUUUGA